AUGGGCAGUUGGAUUGCCUUCGAGCCCGCCAUUUCCAUCGAGGGCUUGGCCUUCGACGUCUUCGGGAAAUCCGAACUGCUGGCGCGUCAGGCCUCAUCCACCUUGUUAGCCGUGUUCACCUUCGCAUGUGCCUUAGGGGUGACGAUCGGUGGUUUCAUCUAUGAUUUGGCCGGUUGGCGGGGCAUGUCCGUGUUCCAUGUGGUGUGCCAAUCCUCGAUGGUCUUCCUCUUUGCUACCCAACCUUCAACUUUGAUCUCUUUCCGCGAGUUCUUCCACCGGUCCGACCCGCUGGUGGACGACUCUGAUGACUCCGGACUCCACACCGUCGUGCCCGCGACUCCUGCGAAUCCUGCCACCAGCGCGGCGGGUCCCGCGGUGCGCGGGACGCCGCCUGCCUCGCACCGUGAAGAUCUGGUCGUGGAAGAGGUCGCAGACUCUGUUCCGGAACUCCCUGGGACGGUGGACGAGGCGAGUGGCGUUGCCUCGGGCGAGGUCGGCGCGGUCUGCUCUGGUAUGCGGCAGAGUGCCGUGAGUUGUGUGAGCCAGAACAGCCACCGAAGCACUGUGGAGCGACGGAGUUGGCGUGGGCCGCAUUUACGUCAUUCCGUCACCUCAGCGGCAUCGCGCCUCACCAAGCAGACGAUGAAGUCCCACAAGAGUUUCCACACCGUGAACACCAAAGGCAGCAAGGGCACACAAGGCACCUUCCUGUCAAAGGUGACAGGUGUGACCAACUUGAAAGAUUCGGAGAACUUGGAGCAUACCUUUCUGGCCAAUAAUGCUCUUCGACCCACGGUUCAGACAACACGAGCCGGAGAGCCGAGAGGAGAUGAGGCUGAAGAUAAGAAGACCAAAGGCAUCCCUAAGGAUUUGCGAAUUCCUGCUCUACUGAUUGUGAUGUGCUGCUUGAACAACAACCUCAGCUACGUCUUAGAGUUCAGCACCUUCGCCAUUUUUUUCAAAGAGUACCAUGGCUGGAACUCGGCCCUGUGGGCCAGUUUGGCCCAGUCCGCAGGAGACUUGACAGCGGCUAUCAUGAUGAAACUUCUGGGUGCUGCUACGGAUGAUGAUGAAGAAGCGGGAAUCCUGCGGCGUUUGACCAAGCAACCCUACAGCUUGUCUUGCCUCCUCUUUAUAUGGCUCCUUUGCAACUUGGGCAUGACCAGCCCUUGGUUGCCAUUGGCAGUGACGGCGCAGGUGAUCAUGGGGACCGUGUACGUCUACACUUCCAAGCUCACGACUGACCUGAAUCUCUUCUACUCCCUCGGUGAUCAGUCCCUCUUCCUCCACCUUCAGGUUUGGUGCAAGAAUUUGGAAGCUCUUGGAGGCUGUGCAGCUAGCUUCCUGGGCCCCUUCCUCUUCGAAACGGUCUCGCCCUUCUUCCCCUUCUUCGUGAGCGCUACCUUUUCGCUGGUGACCUUCAUCCUCUUCACCUCGGGUUUCUGCCAGCGCUUGGGCUUCCCACCGGAUGUCGAGGCGGCUGAGGCGCAGCGUUCGCGGCGCUUGGGCUUGCGGCGCGUGAGCCACUGGAGCGUGGUCAGCCGGAAGAGCCAUGUGGUGCCGGAAGAGGCGACCUGA